UAUAUGUCUCCCUUCCCCGCCCUAGUAUCGCUCGAGCAGUGCCACAGUGAACAUAAGUGGCUAGAGCGGCGCCAACACUCCACCCUGAGAGAUACGCGCAGAUAAGAGAGACCGGGAAAAACGCGCAGGUAAUCUCUCAUUAGGGGGCGGGACGGGCUGAAUGACAUCACGCAGGAUGACGUCACGGAAGCGAACGAUGACGUCACGCAAAAUGUCGUUCUUCGGAGGGAACGUCUUCGCCACACCCGUUGGCCAGAAAAUAGUGGUGUGAGGGAAAGUUGUCACGCUCUUGAAGGACACACACACACACAGUAGGAAGUGUCAGUCUCUAACCGGUGCACACAGGAACCAACGAAAAGUGUACAUUCCUGCAAGCCAGUGUUCCUAUCCCAUCAUCACCAUGCCCCCAUCACUUGUUGCCCAGAAAAUAGAGCAGGCCACAUGGGAGACCCUUCCCUCGGAGGACUGGGGCCUGAACCUGGAGGUGUGCGACCUGGUCAACGAGUCCGAGGAUGGGCCGCGCGAUGCCAUCAAGGCCAUCAGGAAGCGGCUCACCACCCAGCCCAAGAACUACACAGUGGUCAUGUACACCUUAACUGUACUGGAGGCCUGUGUGAAGAACUGUGGCAAAAGGUUCCAUAUCCAUGCCUGCAGUAAGGACUUUGUGCAAGAGCUGGUGAAGCUGAUUGGCCCCAAGAAUGAGCCGCCCCCAGCUGUUCAGGAAAAGGUGUUGUCUCUCAUCCAGGCUUGGGCCGAUGCCUUCAGACACCAACCAGAACUGUCGGGUGUCAGCCAGGUGUAUGCUGAGCUGAAGCAUAAGGGAGUUGAGUUCCCAGCCACCAACCUGGAGACCAUGGCCCCCAUCAUCACACCCCAGAGGACCUCGGCUGCUCCAGAACCCCGACCCAUCUCACGGCCCCCGACUGCCAGUACUGGGGGAAGCGUGCUGGCCACCUCGCCCCGACGGCAGGCCCCACACCACCCUGCUCCACCUGCCCCAACCUCACCCGCUGCCCCGGCUGCAUUAACAGCUGAGCAACGGGCCAAAUUACACAGUGAGUUGGACGUGGUUGAGUCCAAUGCAAAGGUGUUAGCUGAGAUGUUGACCGAACUGAGCCCCGGCAAGGAACACCAGGAGGACCUACAGCUGCUGCAGGAACUUCACGCCACUUGUCGGGCCAUGCAGCAGAGGGUAGUUGAGCUGGUGGGCCGGGUCAACGAUGACCUGCUGACCGCUGACCUCCUCAGGAUAAACGACAACCUCAACAACCUCUUUAUCAGGUAUGACCGCUACAUGGGCAAGGUGAAGAGUGCUGGCAGCCCCAGUAAAGCUGCUCCCCAGACUCAGCCAGCCAUACCUCCUCCCCAGCGGCCCCCACAGCAGACCCCAGAAGUGUCGCUAAUUGACCUGGCUGAUGACCCUCCCUCGGCACAGCUGGCCUCCCUCACUGUGGCUGCCUCCCCUCAGAAGGCCAAGAAAAAUGAGGAUGCCGACUUUGACAUGUUUGCCCAGUCCCGGACGGCCACCUGUGAAAACACACGGACAAGCAACAACGCUAACCAGGAAAGCAGUGAAACAGACGUGCCCUCCUUGGCCCCAGUCGCUCCAUCACGGCCUAACGCUGCUCAGGAAGCUCUGUGGCAACAGAAAGACAGUGACUUUGACGAGAUGGAGGCCUGGCUGAAUGAACAACCUGUGCCAGCACCGCGGGAGGAGACUAUAUCCUCCUCAGAAUUUGACAGGUUCUUGGAGGAGCGUGCAGCAGCAGCAGACGCUCUGCCAACCAUCACCGCUGCCACUGGGUCCUCUGGCCCGAGGCAGCGCACUCUAGCCCGAGAUGACAAGGACACCAAUCAGAUGUUUGCACUCUGAGGUCCUAAAUGUCUUGCCUGACCCAUCCUGCCUCUGGGAGCUGGGCUCAUCCCAAGGCAGGCUGCACUUUGUCCUUCCUGUAGCAAGGACGGAAUUUGUUGUGAGUCUGGUACAGUCAUUCCAGGCCACCAGGGCCUCUUGGAACCCGUGGCUGUUCUGCACCUCAGUCGGUGUGUUAUGUGAUGUCUUCUCAUCCAUUUCUUCAUUUCUGGUGUGCUGGCUGUUGAGGUGCAUUUAGCCACUGGGAUGUGUCCAUGAAAUGUUAUGAAUAACUGACGUACAAGGUUGAGGCUCGUCGCUGCGUGUCUCAGAGUGCACGGCGGCAUGGCAGGCCGCCACCUUGUGCACCCUAAUAUUCCUUAUACCUUAGUAAGUUUAUUUAACUUGUUUGAUACACUUUUAAGAUAUUUUAAAUAUAGUUCAGCAUCAAUUUAAAUAUUCUUCCACUUUCUAAGUUAAGUUAUGUAACAGCUUGUGUAUACUUUGCAGUUUCAACAAUUAUUCAUGUUUGAUUUAAAAAUUAAGAUUUUUAUAUGUGUGGUUUUAUGCACACAAACACAUAGAACCCCAUGAGCAUAGCUCAUUUCCUGUAUAUCACAGCUUGGUAUAUACAACUUGGUAUAUACCCACACAAUAUAUAUAUAUAUAUAUAUAUAUAUAUAUAUAUAUAUAUAUAUAUAUAUAUAUAUAUAUAUAUAUAUAUAUAUAUAUAUAUAUAUAUACACACACACACACACACACUAUUUUUCGGCGUAUGACUCACUUCUGAAGAGAAAAAACGGUCUCAAAACUACCCUGCAUCCUAUACACUGAAGGUGAAAACAAAUUUGACUCCCUGUGCCUACCUUACCUUGUAUAGCGAGGACUAGUGUGAUCAACCUUUAGUGGGCGGUCCCACUCAGAAGGGAAGGUGGCUGGGGGCAGGGUGGCAUCAUUGGAAGGAGAGGUGGACGAGGGGCAGAGCACCAUGUAAUAGCCUUCACUACUCAUUACAGUAACACUGUACAACUUUGUAGCCUCGGCACAAUAAGCCACAACAUUAGCCCUGAUUAAUAAUUUUGUCUUAACACUCCCAGUUUUGUUCCAGGUAACAGGAUAAUAAGGUAUCUCUACCCUACAGACUGUUACCAGAAUGUGUUUGGGCUGGACUACAAAUUUAAAGCCUUGUAACUUUUGCAUCAAUAAACUUUCAAUCAAGAAUUACUCAUUGAAAAGAACUUGAUAAAGACACCUGUGCUGCACUCUGUGUUGGGCCUUACUCUAAUUAUAGUUGAUGAAUUCAUUGUAAAGUAUGCAGAGGAAUAAUUAAAGAUUAUGCUGAUGUUGAACAAUUAAGAAAUUAAAAGCUGGGAUUUUUCCCUUGAAGAUAGCCUUGAAAAUACAGGUGUGUCUUAUACACCGAAAAAUUAUAUAUACUUACACACGCAUGCAUAUAUAUAUAUAUAUAUAUAUAUAUAUAUAUAUACAGAUAUAUAGAUACAUAUAUAUAUACAUAUAUAUAUAUAUAUAUAUAUAUAUAUAUAUAUAUAUAUAUAUAUAUAUAUAUAAAACUUUUUUAUUCACAUCAGUCAUGUAGAUAUAUAGAUCUGUAUAGAUAGCACCAAAUACUAACUAUAAAGGUCUAUAGAUCAAAAUGUUUGUACCAUGAAUUUAUAUAAAUGCAGAUUUAUGGGUAAACUUGUAUGUAACUACAAGUGAAAUGUAUGCUGUGUUUAAUCAAAAAACUUAAAAUACUUAGAUGGAAAUAAAAGUUUCAAUGCAAUUGCUGCUCCACUGUGGCACCAGCAUGCAUUGUGAUGGCUUGCCCCGCUGGCCACGAGCAAGGCUGCUGCACCUGUCUUGAACCGUGUACUGUACUCCCUUGUGCCUUUCUGAUGCACUGCUGCCGCUGCUGCUGCCACCUCACAAGUUUUAUGGAUUUGUUAACGUGGUAAUGAGUGCUCCCUGUUUGGCUGUCAGUGGACCUCAAUAAUGUGUUUUAUCUAGCUUAUUAUUUUAUUUUUCCUACUGAUAUCAUUUGCAGGAUAUAAAACUAUCUAUUUAUUGCCACUUUCUUCAUAAAUGUAAAAUAUUAACAGUGAACAUUUCCUCUCCUCCUUUUAGACUAUUUGGAAAACCCUAGAAAGCACAAGCAAGAGUGUAUGUCUGGUCUCAUGGUUACUGGCAGCCUCUAGUCCCCUAAGCCUGCCUCUCCCCUCACCCACAGCCACUGAUCUUGCCUUCCACUUCAACCUAUUUUUUACAAACUCAUCGUCACCAUCAUCGAUCAGAUUAUGUCAUGGUGUAGAUCAUUUUAUAUCAAAGAAAAGAUAACCUUAACCAGUGGGCUGCAGCUUUAGGAAGGGAGCAAGACUUGGGGGAUUAAGUCGCUGGCAGGAACUCAAGUUGAUGUAGAUUUUGGGCAGCUUGAGGAAAGUCCAUUUCAGAAGGCACAGGCAAGACUUAUCACAUGCCACCUAAGGACACAGUGAACUAAUUUGACUAACACUUUGAUAUUUGAUUCAGCUCAGCAGGCUUAACAAAUACAGGAAGGAGUAACAUAUGCAAAGAUUCAUAAUAUAGAAAAUACUGACUUCUGUCGAUUUCAACUUCAGUCAUUGGAAAUGUAUAAAUAUUCAGCAGGUCCUAUGGAAAUAAAAGGGAUUCCAUUCA